AUGGCCCCCAACAAUGCUGAACCAGAUGCCCUGAGGGGCGAGCCCCCGAGGCUGCCGGGGCAGGAGGGGGCGAGAGGCACUGCGCAGCCGUCAGCGGGGCAACGGCUGCAGGCCGGGCUCUGGCCCACACUGGCAGCGGCGGCGCCCGCGGACACCACGGGCUCCUGCUCUGGCCGCUGCGCGCUCCUAGCGCUCUGCGCUCUGCAGCGGGUCACCAUCCUGGAAAGGGAGGCAUUCGACUUCCUGGGCUACCAGUGACCCAUCCUGGCCAACUUUGUCCAUAUCGUCGUGGUCAUUCUGGGGCUCUUUGGCACCAUCCAGCCGUGCUACAUCGUGGUGCACAGCGUGUGGGCAGCCGCCUGGGUCACCUGGAACGUCUGCAUUAUCUGCUUCUACCUGGAAGUGGGGGGCCUCUCCAGGGACAGUGAGCUCCUGACCUUCAACCUCUCCCAGCACCGCUCCUGGUGGUAGGAGCACGGGCCAGGCUGUCUGCCUGAGGGGGUGUCCUCAGCUGGCCUCAGGGCCCUGCAUGGCCAGGCGCUGCUGUCGGGUGCUGGCUGUGCCCGAGCCAGCCUCAUGGAGGCCCUGCACAGUGGCCUGCAGAUCCUGGUGGCACUCCUGGGCUUCGUCUGCAGCUCCUACGUGAUCAGCGUGCUUUCAGAGCAAGAGGACAGCUGCCUGCGUAAGUGAGAUGGCAUCUGACCCCACUCCUGGGACCUCCAACUUCAGCAACUGCCAGCGACGCCUUCCCUCAGCCCUGGGACACUGCUGCCUCCUGCCUGCCCUGCACUCUAUAGGUGACCACCAGGGCCUGCUCAUGUCAUCUUGGGACCAGCCAGGCAGCAGGGCCAGGCCAGGGCUGGCUGCCCCUGGGAAAGAGCUUAUGAGACAGAGAGAGAGAAGACACAAAACAAAAUGAAGAAAACCACAUUCCCAGUCUCCUUGGGCAGCGCUGGGAUGUCAGCUCCAUCCACAGCAGGUCUGAGCUGUUUUCUGAGGAGGAGGAUGAGGAGCUUGCUCCUUGGUGUCAUGCCCUGGGGUGGCUGGAGCCACAGGCCAUAGCUCUGCUGCCAGGGGAGGGACAGCCCCACCAGGAAGUCCACAUAAGCCACUCUGACCCUUCAAGGCCUUGAUUGGACACUGCACUGCCUCGCCUUGAGCAUU